AGGGUUUAGUUUCAGUGACAGUACUUUUGAGUUUUGACGCACUCUCCAGUGUUCAGAACAAGCUUCUGUUUUGAGGAAGACACCACAUUAGCGUCGAAGCGUCGAAGAUGGAGGAACACGAGAAUGGCGCCAACGCGAGCGAGGAGGAACAGUUGAUAGGCCCGGGCCCGGCCCCACGGGCUCGGCCCAAGCGACCCCUUCAGUUCGAGCAGGCCUACCUCGACGCUUUGCCCUCCGCCAACAUGUACGAGAAAAGUUAUAUGCACCGAGAUGUGGUUACGCAUGUCGCUGUUUCACCUGCGGAAUUUUUCAUCACUGGAAGUGCCGAUGGGCAUUUGAAGUUUUGGAAGAAAAGGCCUGUUGGUAUUGAAUUUGCCAAACACUUUAGAUCACAUCUUGGUCCAAUUGAAGGCCUAGCUGUUAGUAUUGAUGGUCUGCUUUGCUGUACAAUAUCAAAUGAUCGCUCUGUGAAAAUAUAUGACGUAGUCAACUUUGACAUGAUGGUCAUGAUUCGCUUGCCAUAUACCCCCGGUGCUAUUGAAUGGGUUUACAAACAAGGGGAUGUCAAAGCUAAGCUUGCCAUUAGUGAUAGGAACUCGUCUUUUGUGCACAUAUAUGAUGCACGAGCUGGUACAAAUGAUCCUAUCAUCUCCAAAGAGAUACAUAUGGGUCCUAUUAAAGUUAUGAAGUACAAUUCUAUAUGUGAUUCUGUACUUUCGGCAGAUGCAAAAGGGAUAAUUGAAUACUGGAGCCCUGAUACACUUCAGUUCCCAGAGGAUGAGGUCAAUUUUAAACUGAAAAGUGAUACUAACCUCUUUGAAAUUGCAAAAUGCAAGACUUCUGUAUCGGGUAUUGAGGUCAGUCCAGACGGUAAACAAUUUUGCAUUACAUCACCUGACCGUAGGAUACGUGUAUUUUGGUUCAGAACAGGUAAACUAAGGCGAGUUUAUGACGAAUCCCUGGAGGUUGCUCAAGACCUCCAAAGAAGUGAUGCUCCAUUAUAUCGGUUGGAAGCCAUUGAUUUUGGUCGAAGAAUGGCUGUUGAGAAGGAAAUAGAAAAGACAGAAAGUGCACCACUUCCAAAUGCAGUUUUUGAUGAAAGUUCCAAUUUUCUUAUAUAUGCAACCUUGCUUGGGAUUAAAAUUGUUAAUUUGUGCAGUUUGAGGCACGAUAGGCCUUUCACAGUAUCAAUGGCAAAUGCGGGCCCAAAUACAAAUGGUUCUCAGUUCUUUAUCACCACAGUGGCUACUCCAUGGUUGGACAACAAGCACACUGUAUUUGGUAGAGUUGCGAAGGGAAUGGAUGUUGUACAGGCUAUAGAAAAAGUGAAGACAGACAAGACAGAUAAGCCAUAUCAAGAUGUUAAAAUUCUAAAUGUUACUGUACCAAAGUCUUGAAGGUCCUUUCCUUGUAUGACUGAUGGUGUCAGUCAUCUAUUCUGGUGCUGAAGAAAUUUUAACGGCAUAAUUUCAAGUUUCUUCCUUUAGCUCCACAGGUUUCUUAUCAAGUGAGGCAAUUAUAUGGCCAUUGUAUUUCAUUAACACACUUGCUUCACUGGUUUCCUCUGACUUACGGCUAAAGCUUUAACUUGAGGCUGUCUUCUGUGUUCUGCUUUGCCAGUGUGAUGCGCUUUGCAUGCCAAAGGAAUGCAGUUAGGCAAUAUCACUUCUUAACGUGUACUUUUUUUUGAUACUAUACCUGAUGUACGAUACGAUAUAUAUUCCUUGUUAUUGCUAUGUUUAAAUGUGGUAUAAAUUAUUUUGCUGAGAA